AAAAAGCCCUUCUAUUGGUGGCCACCAUCAGUCCCCGUCCUAAUCCCAAACACACAUACACACACACACACACAAGUUAUAUAAAAUGGCCAUCCAAUCCCACGUCACACAGAGAAACAAACUCCAAAGCUUGGCGGUCUGCAUGUGUGGCUCUCUAACUUCUCCUGGGUGCAGCAGAUAAGGACAGUACUGGACUCGAGCAUCAUGAUAGUUAUAGUGGACCUGCUGCUGAUGCUGAUCGACCUGACCUACUCCAUCCUGACAGCCGUCAUUCAAACUUUCCUUCGGCCGAGGUUGAAGAGCAUCGAUGGGGAGCUCUGUUUGAUCACAGGGGCCGGGGGCGCGCUGGGUCGGCUGUUCGCGCUGGAGUUUGCCAAAGAAGGAGCGCGCCUGGUGCUGUGGGACUGCAAUGAGGCUGCCAACGAGCAGACCGCUAAGCUGGCGCGGGAACGUGGUGUCCAGGUGCAUACGUACACCGUGGACCUUUCCCGCCGCCAGAGCAUCUAUGAGACGGCGGACAAGGUGAGAGCGGAUGUCGGGGAUGUCUCCAUACUGGUCAACAACGCAGGCGUGGUGGCCGGACGGAGGCUUCUGGACUGUCCUGACGAGCUUUUGGAGAGGACUCUGCUCGUCAACUGCCACGCGCUUUUUUGGAUGACAAAGGCCUUCCUGCCACAGAUGAAAGCAAAGAACCAUGGUCACAUUGUAACCAUUGCCAGUGCUCUUGGACUAUUCAGCACUGCAUGUGUGGAGGAUUACUGCGCCAGUAAGUUUGGGGCUGUUGGUUUCCACGAGUCACUGACCCACGAGCUGCUUGCAGAAAACCUGGAUGGCAUCAAAACUACUUUAGUUUGCCCUUAUAUUGUCGACACAGGGAUGUUUGCAGGCUGUGAAAUAAGGAAGGAGCUUCGGAGUAUAAUUCCACCUCUGAAGCCCCUAUACACUGUACAGCAAUCCAUGAAAGCCAUUUUAGCAGAGCAGCAGAUGAUCUGCAUUCCUCGCCUCAUGUACAUCCCCUUUCUGACACGAGCAUUGCUACCUUGGGAGGCAAAUGUUGCAACAUAUCGCUUCAUGGGAGGAGACAAAUGCAUGCUACCCUUCAUCAAGAAUGUUGAACAGAAGACAUCCAAUGGCCAUGUCAAAUCCUACUAAAACCCCUCUGUCAGUCUGUUUAACAACAUUGUUAAAUAAUGGACCAAUGCAAAAACCAAAGGCUCAUAUAUCAUACAUUAUUUUGUUAUCUGAAGGGAGUGCCCAAUACCAGUGCCACAACAAUGUUGGGUCAUUUCCAGUUAUACAUAAGUAUAAUUGGAUCUGAAGGGCCAGGGAUUGCUCAAUGAAAAGGAAACUUCUUUAAUGUAAGAAUAAUGUUAUUAAUCUCUAAACAGGAGGAGGCACAAAGUAAGAUUAAUUAGUCAAAACACUGUUGAUAGAAAAACUGAUGAGAGUGCAAUGAUAACCGAUCUAUACAAGUGCCUCUUUUUAUUCACAUUAACAAACAGUGCAGAAACAAAGACUAGACAUUAACAAAUCUACAGGAAACAUGCAACAGAAAAAUAUUAAGCUUUAUGUUUGAGCCACAGACUACGGUCUUCUUCAACCGUUAAAAUAAAUUCAAACAGGAAAAAAAAAAAAA